UUCCUCACUGUAUAUACACACACAUAUAUUAUUGAUAAUAAUAGUAAUAAUAAUAAUGGAUAUAAAUACUUUAUCAGAAAUAAUAUACAAUAUAUAUAUAUAAAAUAAAUAAAUAAUAGACAUAAGUUAAUAUAACCAAGGCAAUACUCAACCCAAAAUUAAAAACAUAAACAGGUUAUUUUCAAAUGAGAUAGUAAAUUAGUCCUGAAGAGACGGAAAGAUGUAAUUGAUCUAAGGAUUAUUCCAGUCAGAUGGAGCUUUAUAUCGAAAAGAUCUUCGACCGACUUCAGUAAAAGUUCUAGGAACAAGAAAAUGCAGAUACUGUAUAUGUCGAAGGGAGUAAAUAGAUGAAGAUCGAACCAAAAUCUGUUUUAAAAAUAAAUAUAUUUGAAGAGAAACUGAAACCAGUGAUAUUGCCUUCUAGAUUUAGGUUGAAGCCAGUCGAGAGCUGCAUACGACAUACAAUGAUGAGUUCUAUAAGGACAUCUUAAAACAAACCUACAUAAAGAAUUAUGAAGAAUAUUUAAAGGUUUUAAAUUUUGCUGACAGAGUCAGCAAAAUCACGCUGACACGCUGAGUCACGGUGAGACUGCAGAUGAACUCCUGCCAAUCUGUCCUUUCACUGACGUCAUGCCAUUCAUCCAGUCUUCCUCACUCACUCGUGUGUGUGUGUGUGUGUGUGUGUCAGAAUGCCUCGUACCUGCAGCGUCCGGACCCGGAUCUGCCGAUAUGUGUGGAGCAAACGGUGCUGGUGUGGAUUCCUUUAGCUUUUCUGUGGCUUUGCGCUCCGUGGCACUUCACGACUCUCUGUAAGAAACCAGCCAAAGCUCCGCUCUCAAAACUCUACAUCUGCAAACAGGUUGUGGCUGGCCUGCUGCUUCUGACGGCGGUAGCGGAGCUGGCGCUCACUCUCGGGGAGGAUCAUGGGCCGUCGAGUGAUUCCACAGCUCAGAAACAUCCAGCGGUGCUCUACACCAAUCCGGUUCUGUUCGCCGUCUCAUGGAUAGUUGUGAUGCUGUGCCAGGAGUGUGUGCGGCGCAGACCGAGAUCUGUGGACUCCGGGAGUCUCUUUGUGUUCUGGCUGCUUCAGUUGUUGUGCGCCGUCUUCCAGUUCCAGACCUUACUGAGAGCCGCACUGAACAAGGAAGAAAUCGAUGAUGUUCCGCGGUUCUGUCUGUUCUACAUCAACUAUGGACUGCAGCUGAUCGCUUUGGUUUUAUCAGCCUUCGCUGAUGUUUCACCUGAAGUUAAAAGAAUUUCAAAGACGAAUCCUGAAGCCAAAGCAACGUUUCUCAGCAGAAUCACCUUUAACUGGUUCAACAGCAUGGUAAUCAAAGGCUUUAAGAGGCCUCUGGUUCAGGAGGACAUGUGGGAUCUGAAUGAGAAGGACUCCACUCAGACGAUCUGUCAGGAGUUUGAGGACGUUAUGGCCAAAGAGCUGAAAAAAGCCCGCAGCAUCCUGCAGAAGCAACAAAAUAAACGAAAGAAUAAAAAUGAUCAUCAGAACGGCUUGGCCAAGGGAGUCAGUCAGGACGUUCUAGUUAUGGAGGAGACAGGAAAGAAGAAAGAAAAGAAGAAGAAGAAAAAGGAUUCUGAAACCGACUAUCCUAAUUCCUGGCUGGUUCCCACCAUUGCUAAAACCUUCAAAGGUGUGCUUUUAGAGUCGGCCCUCUACAAACUGACAGAAGACCUUCUGGCAUUUGCAAGCCCACAACUUCUCAAGUUAAUGAUCUCCUUCACUCAGGACAAAACGAGUCACGUAUGGACUGGUUACCUGUACGCCGUGCUGCUUUUGGUGGUGGCUUUUUUACAGUUGGUUGUUCUACAACAGUACUUCCAGCGAUGUUUUAUCUUGGGUAUGAAAGUACGCACAGCUCUCAUGGCUGCCGUUUAUAAGAAGGCAUUAGUUGUGUCUAAUGACUCUAGGAAAGAGUCGACCGCUGGAGAGAUAGUCAACCUGAUGUCAGCGGACGCCCAGAGAUUUAACAAUGUCACCAACUUCAUCCAUUUGCUUUGGUCGUGUCCGCUGCAGAUCGCUCUGUCCAUCGCGUUCCUCUGGAUUGAGCUGGGUCCUUCUGUCCUGGCCGGUCUGUUGUCCAUGGUGCUGAUGGUGCCCAUCAAUGGCUGGCUGGCCACCAAAUCCAGGGGCUUCCAGGUGGAAAACAUGAAAUUUAAAGACAAGCGCAUGAAAAUUGUGAAUGACAUAUUGAAUGGAAUAAAAGUUCUGAAGUAUUACGCCUGGGAAUCAUCUUUUGAGGCUCAGGUUCAGGAGAUUCGGGAGAAGGAGCUGAAGGUGAUGAGGAAGUUUGCCUACCUCUCAUCGGUCUCCACCUUCAUAUUUUCUUGUGCUCCAGCUAUUGUGUCUCUGGUGACCUUCGCUGUGUUUGUGUCUGUGAGUCCCAAUAACAUCCUGGAUGCAGAGAAAGCUUUUACCUCCAUCUCCCUCUUUAACAUACUGCGCUUCCCACUCGCCAUGCUUCCACAGCUGAUUUCCAUCAUUGUUCAGACCACUGUUUCUAAGAAAAGACUCGAGAAAUUUCUGAGUGGCGAUGAUCUGGACACAAUGGCAGUAACGCGUGACGACAGCCACACUGCCGCCGUGAGCAUGACUGAUGGCACAUAUGCCUGGGAAAGAGACACAGAACCAGUUCUGAAAAAGUAA